AUGUCGGACCUGCACGGGUUUGAGGGGGAAAACUUCUACAUCCCCAUGAGUAACCGCACAGGGCUGGUACGCAGCCCGUUCUUGUACGAGCAGUACUAUUUAGCAGAGAAGUGGCAGUUCAGACUGCUGGCCGUCUACAUGUUCUUUCUGAUCAUCUUCGGUUUCCCCAUCAACACUUUGACGCUGUUGGUCACAGCGCAGCACAAGAAGCUCCGCCAGCCACUUAACUACAUCCUAGUGAACCUGGCUUUGGCCGGGUUGAUCAUGGUCCUCUUCGGGUUCACCAUCACCAUCACUUCAGCGGUUAAUGGCUACUUUUAUUUUGGGGCGAUUGGCUGCGCCGUUGAAGGUUUCAUGGCUACUCUGGGAGGUGAGGUAGCGCUUUGGUCAUUAGUUGUCCUGGCUAUUGAGAGAUAUAUUGUGGUCUGUAAGCCAAUGGGAAGCUUCAAAUUCACAUCUACUCAUGCGUUUGGAGGAGUCGCGUUCACCUGGUUCAUGGCUAUGGCCUGUGCUGCCCCUCCUCUCAUCGGCUGGUCCAGGUACAUUCCUGAAGGCCUGCAGUGUUCGUGCGGACCGGACUACUACACCCUCAACCCCAAAUACAACAACGAGUCCUACGUUGUCUACAUGUUCAUCGUUCACUUCUUUCUCCCCGUCGCUGUCAUCUUCUUCACCUACGGGCGACUGGUGUGCACCGUCAAAGCGGCCGCAGCCGCUCAGCAGGAGUCGGCCUCCACUCAGAAGGCCGAGAAGGAAGUGACGCGCAUGGUCAUCCUGAUGGUGGUGGGCUUUCUAGUGGCGUGGGUUCCUUACGCCAGCGUCGCUGCCUGGAUCUUCCUGAACAAAGGAGCUGCCUUCAGUGCACAGUUCAUGGCCAUCCCUGCCUUCUUCGCCAAGAGCUCAGCGCUCUUCAACCCCAUCAUUUACGUGCUGCUCAACAAACAGUUCCGUAACUGCAUGUUAACAACCCUGUUCUGUGGCAAGAACCCACUGGGAGAUGAUGAGUCCUCAUCAGUGUCCACCAGUAAGACAGAGGUGUCCAGUGUGUCCCCAGCGUAG